AUGUCGCGACCGCAGUCGCAAGCACCCAGCUCGCGCAAGCGGUCAAACACCGUGCAAUCCGUAUUUAGUCCAACGACAACCUCUGCACCACCACUCAAGAUUGGCGACUGGCGCACGCUCACCACAUGGGUGAACGAGCCUACAACGUCUUCAGUGAAAUUCAACCAUCGGCACUGGCCAGGCGUCGCUGAAGGCGACCUACUCUGCAUCUCCACGCCUCUACCAGAGCACGCGCCUGGUUUCCUGUUCGUAGUGCCUCCAGAUGAUCCAUCACUGAAGUAUCAACUUCAGAUCUCGUUGCCGAGACCAGUGUUGGAGAAGUUUGGACUCCGGAGUAAUAGUGAGGUUACAGUGACUAAGGUAGACCAAGAGCGGAUCAGCGCAGAAUUCGUGGAGUUCGUAUUUCAAGACCAAUACCUCGGGAGGAAUGAUAUGUGGCGGCUCGGUCGCGCUCUGGUCGGGCGAUGUUUGUACGUCGACGAGCAAGUGUCCUUCAUCGGCGUCAUAGCGGCCACGGUCCAAGCGCUGUACAUCAACGGGGAGAAGGUAUCUGCAGCGUACGUCUCGCCCGCGACGAAGGUCGUGUAUCGCUCUCUCUCUGCCAAGAUCACCAUUUUCAUUCAAAUCUGUCGCGAACUGUGGGAGUUUGCGGGUGACGGCGAGCGAUAUAACGAAAAGAUUGUGCAUUCCUUCCUGCCCGCGUUGUUCGACAAAUGGAAGGCCAUGAACACCAACCACAUUGUUACCAUUGUCCUGAUCUCGCGCGUGUUCUACGACGCUUCUGAAACGGGCUACGCCGCAGGGCCUCUCCGCAAAGACGAAGACGGACGUUCUUAUAAGGACUUCUUCAAGGUCAUCACCGACCUCGAAGUACUCUACGACUGGAGACCCACCCUGGUCAGCCUAAAGGACUCCUUUUGGGCAUUUCAACGGGAUAUCCUCCUCGCGCAUCACUACCACCGCAACCUGUCGUCGUCGACCAGCACGGACGCGGACCCAGUCCGCCUCGUAGGCCAGAUAUCAUACGCCCAUGACGGCCCCCUCCUCGAAGCCCUCAACCUCGCACUCAAGCCCACAGAGACGCACUACAUCGAUCGCUCGCUGUCACUCACCGGCGCGUCGACAAUCGUCAUCACGCCAGGCACGGGCUACUUCCGCGUCUCGAAGCAACUGCUACGGCUCACCACGACCCGGAUGCUGGACCAGGGCUUCGCGCUCGACAUGAUAUCCCUUGCGAAGCCACCACUGCACCAGACGCCUAUCUUCUGCUUCAAGGGCGCGGAGCCGCACGCGCGGCUUGAGGCAGGCAAGAUCGACUCGCGGACGUUCGACCCCUUGUGGGGCGGCGACGACGGCGCGGAUCUCAGCGGGCGCGAACUGAAAACGUUCUGGUGGGAGCCGUUUUGGAUGCAGAUCUCGUUCUGGGACAGGCAGAUGGAUCUUCCGUUCCGCAAGGACAGGUUCGUCGCGCGGGCCAGAAUGCACGAGAUCGAGAUGCUCGGUCUCUUGGACCAUGACGUUCUUUCCAGCAUCGAAAUCCCGUACCUGGAGCCGGAGCACAUCAACCCUAUCACAUACGAGACGAUGACGGACACGACGGACUCCGACUUGUCACAGUCGGACACCCUAGGAGCAGAUUCGACGUUGAUCACGCCCGAGGAAGCGGAUCAAUUCGACAUGAAUGUUUUCAACGUCCGACUAGACACCUCCAAUGUCCCUACUGCUCGUAACUCCAUCUCAUCUAACAGUAGCGGUGCUGUCACCUCCACGACGUCCAGAGAUCUCAAGAGGUCAUCGACCAUCCGAACUUCGGAGACCUCGCGGAUCUCUCCCAUCCAGGAAAGCCCAAGACCGGAAGGAAGGGACCUCCAGGAAGAUUCCGGCGCUCUAGAUCGAGAACAGAGACUCUCAGUGGUACUCACGGGAGGGGCCUUGAGCACCUCGCCGUCUCAAGCUUCUAUCCUUUCGGCCCGGUCGUCACGCUCGCAACGAAGCACAAGGACCACUGCAGGACCUCACCGGCAGGAAGGUAGCCGUGAGGAAACGGUACCUCGUAAUUCAGGGAUAUCACGGCUUGCACCUACCUGGCUGCUCAAUCCAUUUCGCAGUGGCCCCAGCCAACCCCAGACUUCUCCCGUCUUCGCCGCCGGAUCUUCCGGCACACCUUCCCCGAAACCUGCCCCUCCCACCCAAUCUAAAUUGGCGUCCACUCGACCAUCACAGCUCCAGUCCCAACAACAGCAGCCAGUCACGAUCAGAGGGAGCAACACACGUCCGACCCGCCAGCGCACUAUUGACGACGAUCUCGUUCCUCACCGUGGCUCCCUUACUCGACAUUCUCCAGUCGGCACCCCUCCUCGAGACAGUCUUCUGAGCAAGCGCCGGGACACGCUCAGCAGCGUCGCCAACCUCCCCAUCGUUCCUCCCAACCUCGCUCUAUACGUCCAUCCCACCAAACCGCUCACAAGCGUCCCAUACGCUCAAGCCGCUCUCGCCCGCCGCUGGCAGCACAUCUUCGCCCAUCCACUCACGAAGCAGGAUAUCAAGUGGCGGUCUAUGACUACGCCCGCCUGUCUGCCGCUUUCCGUGGAGCACUUCCCGAGCACACAUGAGCUUGAGACGUCGUACGAUGUCUUCUCAUACGACUUCGUCUACGACCCCUCCGAGAUGCAUUCCUUCCUCGUCCAGCUGCCUCCGAUGCAGGGCAGCCCCGAGGAGACACGCCGCGCGUGGGCGCUCGCCAUGAUGCGCGGCAUGGUCGCCCUCCGGCUCGCGCAAGGCUUCCAGUUCAUCCUCCGACCAUCGCGCUCGAGCGGCGCCGCCCCCGACGCGGCCCCUCCCACAUCGUCGAUGCGCCGCACGAAGACAUACGUGGGAGACGACGGCGCACAAGCGCGGCCCAUCGGCGCGGCGCAGGUGCUCACGUCCGCGCACGACGCGGUGUACCUCAGCAUGAGCAACGAGAUCCACCACAUCGUGUACACGGGGGACUCGAUCCAGGUGCGGCGGUACGUCCGCCGGAUGCCGCGCACGGAGCUGUUCGAGUACCAGUGUCUGAUCUGGCCGAAGCUUGGUGGGGGGUACACGGAGAUGAGCACGGCGUUCAGCUCGCAUGGGAUGGAGCGUUAUGGCUGGAACCGACUGGACAUGCUCGUUGCAGGGUACGAGCACCGGUUCCACGAGUCGCUGCGGUACUGGCGCACGCGCUUCGUCGUCAUCCCCACGGACGAGUCCCCGCACACGAGCGUUGCGCCGUCCGGGGAGAAGCUGAACGAGGAGGAGACGAGGCUGUUGGGUAUGGACAAGCUCGCGGAGCUGUUCGCGAAGGCGCGCCGCGACAUCCCCGGUCAGCCUCAGCCCCCAGUGCGGUUCAUCACCACGGACCUCGGACCGGCGCAAUGCGUGCUCGACGACGGGGUCAUUGCGCAAGUAGACGAGAUCCAUGCCACCGGGCCGCUGAGGAAGAAGAUGAAGAGCGAGCGGGACCUGGCCGAACUCUCCCUCCAGGCGGUCGCGAAGGCGAUGCGCGACGAGGAUGGGGUGCCGAUCAAGGAAAACAAGUGGCACCGGCGCCGGUACGCGAACUCGUUCACCGGCGCGCAGCUCGUCUCGUGGCUCGUGCGCGAGUUCCGGGAUGUGUCCACGCGCGAGCAGGGCGCUGAGUGGGGCGCGAAGCUGAUGGAGCAGGGGCUCUUCGAUCACUGUCGAGGCACGCACGGGUUCUUGGAUGGUCACUACUUUUACGUGCUGCGCGGAGAGUACAUUGUCCCCGUUACGCCUAAAGCCAGUUGGUUCUCAAGACCCACGAAACAUGAGGAAAUGCCGUCUCGAGGAGGCCAUUCACCUAUGACGCCCUAUCCCGGCAAGAAGGCUCGCAAACGCCAUGGUGCUAUCGUUCUCACUCAAUUCAUGGUGAUUGAUGUCGACCCCAAGAAGCAAAGCGACCAAGCUGAGUCUGUCAUCCUCCACUACGACAUCAUCCACAACCCAGCGACCUGCUUCCACUUCGAGAUGCACUGGAUCGGGACCACUGCGCGAUACAUCGACGACCUCCUCAAGCAAUGGGGCCGGACGAUCGAGCGCUACGGCCUGAAGCUCGUCGAGGCCUACGUGGAGCAGAUCAGCGACAUCCGCGAGAAGAACGCCUUCCAGUCCUACUUCCCCAUAGCGCUCGCCGUCGCGCCCCCGUCGCUGUCAGAGACGGGCCGGCGGCUGCCCGAGGGCGUGCAGGCGCUGCAUUACUUCGAGUCCGCGCUGCUCCGCAAGGCGCAGUUUGUGCUCGACAUCGAGGGCGAAGAGCACUACACGGACCAGGCCGAGGUCGACUACUCGUACCGCCGCUCGCACUUCAAGCACUCGCAGUGGGUGCACCGCUCCGGCGUCGCGUUCGUCCAGGUCGUCGGGGGCACGCACGGCUUCCGCUUCCUCACGAACCGGCUGAUGGCCCCUGGGCGCAUCGGCACGGCGCUCAAGUACCAACGGCCUGCGGCCAUGGCGGAGGAGAUUCGGAUCAAGCUCCACGAGUUCUGCUCGGAUGAGAGGAAAUUGGGGCAGUUCUACGAGGACGAGAUCGCUUUGUUGGAACAGGCACCCGAGGAGCCCCCGCCGCUGCGGAUUUGA